CCAACUUUAGUGCUUACCGAUAUUACUGAUGAGAGUGAAAAGAAUAGCUCAGAAAGUGAUCUUGAGAAUAGAGAAGAAAUCGAUUCUGAGCGUCAGGUUGAUGAUAAAGCUAACUCAGCAAGUAGUGACAAUGAAAAUAAUGAAGACGACGAUAAUGUUGCAAUCGGUUAUACUUCUGAUAAUGAAGCCGACAUUGAAUUUACAGAUACAUUAGAAUCCGCAGUUCCAAUGAGCAUAGAUCCAUACAAAUCGGUUGAGGAAUCUGACUUCGAUGAAGAAGAAGCUGAAGAACCUUCAUCUCCUGGUGAAGUCUUUGACGAAGAGGAUUUUUACAUUCUUAGAAAUAGUUGUCAAGGAAUUUGA